GCACUUCAUGAACUAUUUUUAAAACUGUAUAGUCUAUGACUUGAACCAAACAAUAUUGCAAAUAGCCUACUACUGAAAAAAGUGCUUUUCUAUGAUACUUCUGUUACUAUGAUGUGAACUUUACGGCCAAAAAGCGGCGGACAGCACAGAAACCUGUAAAUAACUGUUUGAAUAAAUGCUGUUAAUACAUCAAUUGAAACGUUAUCAGCAUGUCUACUACAACUCUGUGAGGCUGAAUGUGUAAAGUGUUCUGAGAUUUGUAACUGCUGUGUUAGAUGUAGGCUUUUAGUUUUCGAAUAGGCGAAAGGCAGAUAAUGCGGUAAUUUACGACUUUUGGAAUAUCAUGAAGGCAACACCACUAACUAAAAGGACCGCCGGAAGUGACGAAAGCGGUUGUCAAGGGAUGUUUUAGUUUACGGAAGUAUCUGUCAGUUGGCUGCACUUUCAGACUUAAAAAAAUGCAAUUUACCGACCACAGUUGUUUUUAUUAAAGUGCGUUAUGGCCAGAAAUACCUUUUUUGCUGUAUUAUUAACAUAUUAACAUCGGUUUCAGAUUCACCGACUCUGUCUUGUUUUGUACAAAACGAGCUCAGUGUGAUGCUAAGCUAACUUAGCUUCACAACCAACACGAUGACCCAAGUGCCUCCUCCCGGUUCAAUCGUAGCAGCGGACUGGCAUCGAUGUAAAGACAGUAAAGAGUAUUUCAGCAAAAUCCUUCGCAAGAAGAGACGCAAGAACUUCGGCCUGUUGGAGUCUCCAGUGAUGCCCCCACAUGUAGCAGUGGACACAGUUCACUAUAAGAUCUUCAUCUCGGGCAAGAGUGGAGUCGGGAAAACGGCUCUUGCUGCACGUCUUGCAGGCCUGAAUAUUCCUAACAUGCACUAUGAAACCACAGGUAUUGAGACGACAGUGGUGUAUUGGCCUGUGAAGCUGAGAGAAAGCAGCAGAGUGCUUUUCUUCCGUCUGCAGCUGUGGGACUGUGGAGAAAACGCCUUACGGAGAUUUGACCAUUUACUUCCGUCCUGUAAGGAGCAGGUGGACGCCAUUCUCUUCCUGUUUUCCUUCACUGACAGGACAUCUUUUGAUGAUCUGUCAAAUCAAAUUGCGAAGUGGACUGAGCCAUCUGUGGGCCGAGUUGUGAAAUUGGUGGUUGGCACUAAAUUUGACCUUUUCAUGCACUGUGAUGUGACAGAGAGAGAUGUGAGAGACUUCCAGGAGACAUGGAGCUUACCGGUGCUGCGUACGGGUGGGGAGGUCAGUGACGGCCUGGGUGACGUAGCCCCGAUACUCAACUGCCUGGCAGAGAACCUGUGGCAUCAGGACUGUGUCACAGCUGGAUCAGCCAGCCACCACUCACAGCAGGAGACAGGGACUCUACUUUGAUCCUGAACAGGAUUUAAAAAAAAAAAAAAAGGAUGGAUGCUGCUGUUUAGAUCUGUUCUGUUUAAUGCAUCAUCACAGGCUUGAAGUCCCAUCACAUAUCAUCAGGGUGUUGAAUCAUGAUAUGAGAUGAAGUAUUAUGGUUGUAUGAAUGAGAUAGUGGUGUUAAGUUGUUCUACUGCCUGUCUUAAAGAUAAAAUAUUCUGUAUUUAUUAGGUCUAGUUGAAUGAAAUGAAUAGUGAACACUUCUGGUCAUCUAUGUCCAUAAAAUGUAAAUAAUGAUUGAAGUUAGUUUAAGUUUAAAGUCCCUCUUCAUUUGAAA